AUGAAGAUACCAACAUUGAAGACAAUAUUAGUAUUUGAAAAUCAUCUUGAUGAUUUUUUUGAAUAUACUAUAAAAAAAGGCCAAACUAGCCAACCCGAUCUACUUCAAGAAGUUAAACAAUAUCUUGAUGAAAAUAUU